AUGAAACACAAAAAAUCAACGCUGCUGUUACUCUUGCUUUCACUAUGGACACGGGCAGCCAGUGCUAAUCCCAAUCAGGCAUUCUAUCCGUACGGAGAGCCGGCUGGAGACAGGGUAGCUUUCCGAAAAAACCGUCGUCCCUGCUAAACUUGAUCUUUCAGAGACUUCCCUAUGCUACAGACCAGAGCGCCAUUGCCCUCGAGGUUCCGCUCAUUUUCAUGGAAAAGAACAUCGAUGAACUUUUCCUCUCGCACAAUGGAAUCGUCGGUCUCGGCCAUGCUGUGCCGAGCACAAUCCAGCCUCUCGCUGCCAUUCCGGACCCGGUGAUCGCCGUCUUCUACGCGCCAGUGUCCGACGGAAUCAUUGACUACCGAGUCACCAAUUCCGACCAAGGACUGCUCACCAAACUGACCCAGGACGUGCAGAAAGUGUUUGCCGAUGCAGCGGAAUUCCAUGGUCUUCAAGCAGUCGUUAUCACAUGGACAAACGUUCAGAAUGCUGAGAAGGACGGCGAAGCGAGCUUCCAGCUGGCAAUCGUUUCGGACGGCAUCUCGACCUACUCGAUCAACCACUACGGUUGCUCCCGUGGUCAUCUUCCAUGGGUUACUACGCGCAAACUGGAUUCGUUCACUCUCUCAACAAGAUUCAAACCAACGUGAACUCGGGAGGACCGGACGUCAAAGAGCUUGUGAAGUGAGAACAAACCGUCUGAAGCACGUGGCAUUCGAGUAGAUCCUGUAUAUUUUCAGUCUUUCCAACAAUCAGUUCGGCAACUCGUUCAUCUUCCGUGUUUCCGGAUCUGCUAUUGAAGAUCCGAGGGACGAAGGAGGCGAUGAUUACGAUUACAACAAUUACGAUCAGGAAUACGAAAACGAGCAUCGUGAGUCCAAAAAGCAACGAGACUUCAAACAAGAUGUUUUUUUUUCAGCGGCUGACUGUCCGAAAGACAAGUUUCUGGAAAACUGCCCGUCGGAGUGCAGGACUAUUAAGGACGAGCGGGGAUGUCCAAGAUGUAUCUGUGCGGAGAGACCUUUGGUCCCUCAAGAACCAAGACCAGAACUCGAGAACAGAGUGGACGAGGACGACGAGGAAGAAGAGGAGGAAGUAGCCGGAACACGUUACGAGGAGCCAAGAAACGAGCAAGGAUCAGCUGUGCCAAGUGAGAACUCUAGAACAAUCAAUGACAAAAUGACAAUUUCCAGAGAUGUCCUGCUCGCAAAGAGACGAGAAGAGUUGCCACGCCAACUCGGUUUGCCAAGAUUUCGAAGGCGGCUACUGCUGCAACUGCGACUCUGGAUUCUACGGAAACGGAAAAGAAUGUCUUCCGAAAGGAGAGCCGCAGAGAAUAUCUGGAAGUUUCGAGGGAGUCAUCAACAGAAUUCAAAUCGACAAAACUGAACUUCACACUUUUGCCACGUCAACCGAUGGAAAUGUGCACACGGCUGUGUCUAAAGUGAGUUAACUUCAAAAUGCUCUCAACUUGGCCAUAAAUGCAAUACUCCUUCAGAUACCUUCGGAUCUCGGUCAUCCUCUUCUCCUUCUUUAUCCGAUCGGAGGAGUCAUGGGAUGGCUUUUCGCUGACGUUCAGUCUCCGAACGUCUACAACGGAUUCCAACUGACGGGCGGUCUCUUCAACAGAACCGUCACUCUUCACAUCGGACAGAAGUACUACGUGACGAUCAAGCAAGAGUUCUCCGGACGAAGCAUCCACGACUACUUCAAGUCUCACUUGUUCGUCUCCGGAACCCUUCCGGACGUUGCUCCCGGAUCAGAGGUGAUCUUCCCAGAUUACGAAGAAGAAUACGUCAGGGAAAGAAGAGGUGAGCGAUGAGAAAUCGAGCAAAGAGUAGAGGAAGGAGAGAGUUACAGAGAAAAAAAGACGAGUAGAAGGAAGAGGUGACAUUUGAGUUGAACGCUUAGCUUUUGUUGUUCUGUUAAGCUCUAUUCUUUUGCUUUCACAAUGUUUUGUUGUUAUUUGGUUCACGCUGUGUCCACCCUUCUUCUUCAAAUCGGAUUCCUUCAGGUUAUUUGACUACUCGCGCUGCUUUUGACGUCAUCAUCAGAAACGGCGGACAGUCGGAGACCUACAGAAUGAGCGUUGAGCAGCAAAUCAGUUUUGAAGAAUGUCCAUUCAAAGAGGUAAAAUACAACUUACCUUCAACUUUUGAUGAAUAACUUUUCAGUUUGACCGUGAUCACUCAGUGAAGCUUCACGUGAAGAGAAUCAAUGUUGUCUACAACGCCAACGAAGGAGUCGUUCGGUACGGAGCGAGGAACUUUGCCACGAGAUCCAGUGGUCAGGCCCCAGCUUCUGCACCAUCUGGAGGUCACUUUGACCGUCGUCAGCACGGACAGUCCCAAUUGGCUUCUGAGAAACCGAUUCUGAUUCCAAGCCAGCAGGAAGAAAUUCGUAUCCCCAGCGACUCUGUCUGUGCGCCUGGAAGACAUCAGUGCACUUUGCCGAACAUGAAUGCCGCAUUGUGGAGCCAUCCUACCGUUGCGAAUGUGAACCGGGAUAUCAAGCCGCCCACGACGCCUCUUCCCCACUCGGAUGGAUUUGCGAAGACUUGGAUGAGUGCCAGAGAGGAGAUCACAACUGUGAUCCGCAUGCCAAGUGCACCAACCGACCGGGAGCUUUCACUUGCCAAUGUCUGCCGGGAUACCAAGGAGACGGAAGAAGUUGCGUUCGUGAGCAGUCUUCUCAGCACGAGCAACAACAACCUCAGCAGAACGUGAAUGUUGGAGCCACCGCCGAAGGACUUUGUACGAAUCACGGACAGUGUCACAAGUGGGGAGAAUGCGUCUUCACAUCGGAGCAUCCGACCGGACGGUGCAAGUGCAGAGGGUGGUACGUCGGAGACGGAGUCAAUCAUUGCGGACCGCCGGAAGAGAAGCCGAAGCACAAUGCGAACAUUCCUCAGAGAGGAGGACAACCAUGCGGAAGUCAUGUCUGCGAUGUGAAUGCCGAGUGCAUGCCGGAGCCAAGUGGAGGGUAAGUCUGAACGGAAUAAAGGAACGCAGGCUCAGAACAAAACCAUUUGCAGUCAGAGUGUGUCUGCAAAGCGGGCUUCUCCGGAAACGGUAUUACGUGCGAGAGUCUUCUGGACGACCGCCAUUCUCACAGAGCUCAUCAGCAGCACCAGCAGCAGUCCGGAUCUCUAGGUAAGCACUUGCUUUCUUCGGUUCACAGAUCACGCUUCUUUAGGCACCGUUUGCCGCUCUCACGAAGAGUGCUCCGAGCACGGAAGCUGUGCUUACCAUCACACUCUCGGUUAUUAUCAGUGCGCUUGCACUGAACCUUACGUCGGAAACGGAGUUGAUUGCACUCUUCCAGGAUCUUCGGCUGCAGGUAAUCAAAGUUUCAAAUGCUUCAUCACCCACUUUCUCCCACCGCUUCACACCUUUUCCCCUUGCUUCAGCCUCUGAUAUUGGUUGUGAUGUUACCCGCGACUGCUCUGAAUUCGCCGAUUGUGUCUUCGAAAGAACGGCGGAUAAGACCAAAUUCGUGUGUGUUUGCCAAGCGGGAUACACUGGCGACGGAAAGUACUGCAUGCAGUCCCAGCUUGCCAUUUCAGCCCUUUCGCCUGCUGGUCAGUCCCAACUCAUCCCUCCGGUUCCACCCUUUCCCCUCCCUUUCCAGGUCCUCAUCUGCCUCAAUUGCCCCAAACUCCGUCGAUUGCCUCUUGCAAUCCGAGUUGCGGACCUGAUGCUCAAUGCGUUUACGACGAUCACAACAGGUAACAGAUUCGCGUUAUAGGAUCAUUGAGUGCAUUCCAUUUCUUACAGAGUGUAUCGAUGCGAAUGCUUUGCCGCCUUCGCUGGCGAUGGGUACAAUUGUGUACGACUCGCCCAGCCAAACACGGUGCCGGCACAUCCAAAAACAUGCAUUGAGUCAUCCGACUGUCACAUUAAUGGUCAUUGUGUCAUCAAUGACGACGGUGCCGGCGAGUACAUCUGCCAUUGUCUGCCGGGCUUCAGUGGGGACGGAUUCGUCAACUGUCAGGGCGCCGAUCAGUGCAAUCCAUCGAAUCCGAACGCCUGCCAUCAGCACGCGCACUGCGUUUACGACGAACGCGCUAACGCGCAUGCUUGCCAGUGUGUGGAGGGAUUCAAGGGAGACGGAGUGAACUGCGUUCCGUUCGCUCCUGCGACCAACUGCAAUCUGGAGCCACGAAUCUGUCACGCCAAUGCUCAGUGCGUUCUUCGUCAAGACACCAAUUCAUAUGAGUGCAUCUGCAAACCAGGAUCUUCCGGAGACGGAUACACAAAAUGUGAAGUGGCUGGUGAGAUCAUAGCGACAAAAACAUUCAAGACAGAAAUGUAAACUUUCAGAGACUCCGCGAUGCUCAAACUGCUCGAUCCACGCCUACUGUGCCCAGAAUCCAACGAACGGAGCGUAUCAGUGCAAGUGCAAUGCCGGCUACAACGGCAAUGGAUAUCUGUGCGUAUCCAUGAGCUCCUGCCUCGACGACCGUUCUCUUUGCGACACCAAUGCCGACUGUGUGCCUGGAGAAGCCGGGCACUACGUUUGCAACUGUCAUUACGGUUAUCACGGAGACGGAAGGACCUGCUCUCGUGAGUUCGAAUUCAAAUACUGUUUCACACUUAGACAAAUACAUUUCAGCGUACUUUUUCUCAAUGGAAAUUAGGUCAGGAUCUUCUAGAUUCUCUGAUCUGAUCGUGGUCCUUGUCUUUUUCCUUAUCAGGUUACUGUCCCGUUGUGUUCGUUCCCUUUGUUUCAUUCCUCACGCAUUUUUAUUGGGUUCCAUGUUACAGCUAUUAUCUUUUACUAUGAAACGUUCGAACAUUCGUCUCAUCCUUUUCAUUUUCAGCCGACUCAUCUACUAGAAGUGACAAACUUCUGGUCGCCCGCGGCAUGGCCAUCUUCGAACGCUCAACAAACCCUGACGAGUACGGAAAGCAGCUGAUUGUGAUCCCCCACCAUAUCCCUGUUGGCAUCGACUUUGACUGUCGCGACGAGAAAAUCGUGUGGAGUGACAUGUCUGGACACUCGAUCCGCACCGCUUCAAUGAACGGAACCGAGCACAAGUCGUUCCUGAGCAAGGAACUGAGCAGUCCUGAAGGAAUCGCCGUCGAUUGGUCCUCUCGCAAUGUUUACUACGCGGACUCUUUGAACGACGAAAUCGGAGUCGCCUCGUUGAACGGAAAGUUCAAGAAGUCUCUGAUCACGGAAGGACUCGUCAAUCCCAGAUCCCUCGCUCUCGAUCUCUACGGCCGUCAUCUGUAUUAUUCGGACUGGCAUCGUGAGAAUCCGUACAUUGGAAGAGUCGACAUGGACGGAAAGAACAACCGAGUGUUCCUCAACGAAGACAUUCACCUUCCCAACGGCCUUGCCAUUCUGCCCAACCGCCGUGAGCUCUGCUGGGUAGACGCUGGAAACCACCGACUCUCGUGCAUUCAAUACAAUGGAGCCGGAAGGAGAACUGUGUUCAGCAGUCUCAACUAUCCAUUCGGACUGACUCACGACGAAGAGCAAAAGUUCUACUGGACUGACUGGAAAGAGUGAGUUAAUCGCGGCAUCAAUCUCUCAGAAUACACUAUUCGUUUCAGCAACCGCAUUCAUUCUGUGGGUGUCUACGGAGAAGGCUACCGUAGCUUCCAAAUCUCGCUCGGCGGUUCCGGAAAGGUGUUCGGCAUCCUGGCAGUGCCCAAGUCGUGCGUCGGCCCGGCCACUCCGUGCGGCGAGGACAACGGCGGAUGUGCUCAUUUGUGCCUUCCGGGCAGAACGGAGCAGUCUGCGAGUGCCCGGACAACACGAAAGUCAAGGGAUGCUGACAAGGAUCCGCUCUUCAUCUCAUUUCACUGCUUCUCUAAUCUUCCUUUCCAUUACUUAUUUAUUUGUGUACUACGGUGUACCUGUUGCUUUUAAGUUUAUCCAUUAUUUUAUCUUUCUUUCUCACUAAAAGUAUGACUUUGAAUUCGAAAACCUUCAUGUUGCCCAUCAAUAUUCUGCAAUUUUCAUCAAUUCCAUGAUAAAACCUCACUUCUUUCCUCCUUGAGUCUAUUUCGCUCAAACCAAACUCCGAAAUGUGACGGAAAACAGGAAAAGUGGGCGGGAGCGAGCACAAAUCAGCGACUGCGACGGCGUGAUAAAAGCAUGGCGGACAACGUGCUUGAUAAGAGAGUGAGGGGCUCUCGGAGCGACAACAAUGAGAUCCUGGAGCACCGUCGUGUUGGCUGUACUUGCCACGUCUGCAUCUGUCUUCGGACAUGACUCCGAUCCGGAAAUGAAGAUGACUACGGUGAGUUUAGGUCAAAUAAUCGGAUAGGUCAAGAGAAUAUUAAUACUAGAGAAAGUGGAUUUCAAGAGAUUCGGAGUAACUUUCCAAAAUCGACAAUAUCACCCAUAAUCGUCCGAUCAUCAUUCUUCUGAUUAUGAUGCUCAUUCCACUCUCCUAAUUUCAGCCUCAAAUUGCAAUGCGCUGGGGCUAUCCGGCAAUGAUCUAUGACGUCACCACCGACGACGGAUACAUUCUCGAAUUGCACAGAAUCCCUUACGGAAAGAGUGAGACCAUUUACCAAGAGACACAAAUUCAUUUGACCCAAUUGCAGCCAAUGUGACGUGGCCAGGCGGAAAGAAGCCAGUCGUGUUCAUGCAGCACGGACUGGAAUGCGAUUCUUCCAACUGGGUCGUCAACCUUCCCGAUGAGUCCGCCGCGUUCAUCUUCGCAGAUGCCGGAUACGAUGUGUGGAUGGGCAACUUCCGUGGAAACACCUACAGUAUGAAGCACAAGAACCUGAAGCCGUCCCAUUCGGCUUUCUGGGAAUGGUCGUGGGAUGAGAUGGCGGAGUACGAUCUGCCGGCGAUGAUCGGCAAGGUUCUGGAAGUGACCGGAGAGGAGAGUCUCUAUUAUAUCGGGCACUCGCAGGGAACACUCACUAUGUUCAGCAGACUUUCCAAUGACAAGGAUGGAUGGGGAAACAAGGUAUGAGCACAUUCUGCGGAAGUCAUUGCAAUGUGAUAUUGCAGAUCAAGAAGUUCUUCGCCCUUGCUCCCGUCGGAUCUGUGAAGCACAUCAAGGGAGCCCUCAAGUUCUUCGCCGACUACUUCUCUCUUGAGUUCGAUGGAUGGUUCGACGUGUUCGGAUCUGGAGAAUUCCUCCCCAACAAUUGGAUCAUGAAGCUCGUUUCUGAAUCGAUUUGCGCCGGACUCCAAGUGGAAGCCGAUGUUUGCGACGACGUCAUGUUCCUCAUCGCCGGACCAGAAUCGAACCAAGUCAACGCGGUAAGCCCUACAAAACCAAUAUGCCACUACUCAUUCCUUUUAUUUUCAGACUCGCGUCCCGAUUUACGUCGCUCACACUCCGGCCGGAACUUCCACCCAAAACAUCGUCCACUGGAUCCAGAUGGUCCGCCACGGAGGCACUCCAUACUAUGAUUACGGAGCGAAGGGAAACAAGAAGCAUUACGGACAGGCUAACGCGCCGUCUUAUGACUUUACCAAUGUGAACCGCCCAGUCUAUUUGUACUGGGGAGACUCUGAUUGGCUGGCCGACCCGACUGACGUCACCGACUUCUUGCUAACUCAUCUGAACCCAGCCACCGUUGUGGUAUGUAUCAAAACUGUUCAACCGGAUUUCAAAUGUUUCUCUUUCCAGCAAAACAACAAAUUGACGGAUUACAACCAUUUGGACUUUAUUUGGGGGCUUCGAGCACCCAAAGACAUCUACGAGCCUAUCAUCGAAAUCGUGAGAGAAGACGUGCUGAACGGAAGUGCCUAA